AUGACAGACCAGGCGGCUACCCGUGUCACCCGAGUCAUUGUGGCCUCACGCAACAAUGUCAAGAUCUCAGCCGCAAGGGAGGCCUUUGGUGGCAUGUUUCCGUCUGCAGAAUUCUCCUUCACCGGUCUCAACGUGCCAUCCGGCGUUGCUGACCAGCCCAUGACGGAUGCAGAAACCCUGCAGGGCGCACGAAACCGAGCUCGCAACGCCCGCGACGCAGAGCCCCAGGCCGAUUACUGGGUUGGCAUUGAGGGCGGCGUUGACGACAGCGGGGAUGCCAUGGAGACUUUUGCCUGGGUCGUUGUGCUGGGCAGGACGGAACGCAUGGGGAGAGCGCGAACAGCUGCAUUCUUCCAGCCAGAAGAGGUAGCAAGACUGGUCCGCGGAGGUAUGGAGUUAGGACCGGCGGGCGACCAGGUCUUUGGAAGCGAGAACUCGAGAGCGCAUUCCGGAUCUAUCGGACUGUUGACUGGGGAUUUGAUCAAACGGUCUGCAUAUUACGUGCCGGCGGUGAUUGGAGCCUUGAUACCAUUCAGGAACUUGACACUGACGUUUACCGAUUUUUGA